AAUCGAGCCCACUUGGCGCUCACACACAUCACACACCCCCGCGCAGCCCUCCGGGCGGUCAGAGCGGACCCACAGCCGCAGCACCCGGCGAGGACAUUCACCCGAGAUGCUCACCUAGGCACCCCGCUUCCCUCGCUCGCACCAGCCCGGCCAGGGCGGCAGCUUACCCUCAUUUCCCCACGAGCUCUGGGGAAGUGUCAAUUAUUACCGGCUCACUCACGAGUCCCGGCUUCACCUGCUUUUAAUUACUCCAGUUCUGUCUAAACCUUUAUGCCAGGUUUGAUAGCACUAUUGCUCUUUUUUUUUUUUUUUUUUUUUUUUUUUUUUUUUUUUUUUUUAAUGCUCAGCUUGGCUAAACUGAAGCAGCGACUCCCGAGGGUGUGUGUGUAUAUGUGUGUGCCUGUGGGUUUGGGAGGGCGAGAGGGAGCGAGACAAAAACUCCAUCAGCCCGGACAAUGCCACCUCUUGUUUAAAGCUUCCAACCUGUUAUUCUUUCCCCCUACUAUCACGGUACCAAGUGAUCUGUAUUUCCCCCAGCCCAAUCCCCCUCCCUCCUGGUGGAAGAUAUGGAAGAGGAAGAUAAAGCUGCUGGCUGCGGGCGCUGACGGCGCGCAGCCCGCAUGCCUCCGCCGCCACAGCCGGGGCCGCUCCGCAGCCACCGCUCCAGCGAGCCGCUUGCAGCGGGAUGAGAUGCAACUUCUGCUAAUUGGAUCACAGGCUUAAGUUGUAACUGGGUAUCUUGUUAUCAGAAGCAAAAUGAAUAACUCAACGUAUAUAAACUCUUCCUCUGAAAAUGUGAUGGCCUUGGAGAGCCCCUAUAAGACUGUCGAGGUGGUGUUCAUCGUCCUGGUAGCAGGGUCUCUCAGCCUGGUCACCAUAAUUGGGAACAUCCUGGUCAUGGUGUCAAUCAAAGUCAACAGGCACCUUCAGACUGUCAACAAUUAUUUCCUGUUCAGCCUGGCCUGCGCUGACUUGAUCAUCGGCAUCUUUUCCAUGAACCUGUACACCCUCUACACUGUGAUAGGCUACUGGCCCUUGGGGCCCGUGGUGUGUGACCUCUGGCUGGCUCUUGACUACGUGGUCAGCAACGCCUCUGUAAUGAACCUGCUCAUCAUCAGCUUUGACAGGUACUUCUGUGUCACCAAGCCCCUGACGUAUCCCGUGAAGCGGACCACGAAGAUGGCCGGCAUGAUGAUCGCGGCCGCCUGGGUGCUGUCCUUCAUCCUCUGGGCCCCUGCAAUUCUCUUCUGGCAAUUCAUUGUGGGAGGAAGGACUGUCCCAGAUGGGGACUGCUAUAUCCAGUUUUUUUCCAACCCUGCUGUCACUUUUGGCACUGCCAUUGCAGCCUUCUAUUUGCCUGUUAUCAUCAUGACUGUCCUUUACUGGCAAAUCUCUCGAGCCAGUAAGAGUCGGAUAAAGAAAGGAAAAAAGGAAGCCGCCCAAAACCAAGAAACAGUUUCCCCCAGCCUUGUCCAAGGUAAAAUAGUGAAACCAAACAAUAACAAUAUCCCGACCAGCGGGGAUGGGUUGGAGCACAGCAAAAUUCAGAAUGGAAAAGCCAGCGAAGAGACUGUAACCAAUAACUGUGUUCAAGGGGAGAAGGAGAGCUCCAACGACUCCACCUCCAUCAGUGUGGUUGCUUCCAACUUGAAAGAGGAUGAAGCUACCAAAGAUGCCAGACAGGCUUCUGCCUCCCAAGACCAUGUCAAAGCAGAGAACUCCAAGCUGACAUGCAUCAGGAUAGUCACCAAAUCCCAAAAGGGGGACUGCUGUGCCCCUACCAACACUACUGUAGAGAUCAUAGGCACGAACGGGGAGGAGAAACAGAACAGCGUAGCCCGGAAAAUUGUCAAGAUGACAAAGCAGCCAGCCAAAAAGAAACCACCCCCUUCUAGAGAGAAAAAGGUGACAAGGACGAUUUUGGCCAUCCUCCUGGCCUUCAUCAUCACCUGGACCCCAUACAAUGUGAUGGUGCUCAUCAACAGCUUCUGCACAUCCUGCAUCCCUGGCACUGUAUGGACCCUCGGUUACUGGCUCUGUUACAUCAACAGCACCGUCAACCCCGCCUGCUACGCGCUCUGCAACGCCACCUUCAAAAAGACCUUUAAGGACCUUCUUAUGUGUCAUUACAAGAAUAUAGGAGCUACAAGGUUUCACUUCCCUCCUGAGUGAUAGUUCUGCAAGAUCUAGACGUCAGUCUUGAAGAGCAGCUCUCCCUGGGCAACUUCGGCUUCCCUCACUGUCACCUGCACCCUGUGGUCCCCAAGACCCCAGGUGGCCCUGCUGGAGCUGCCUCAUCUUCACCUUGGGCUUGGCCAGAGGAUCCCAGCAGCACGUCCACACCAUGUGCUGCACUGGCCACUUCUGCUUCACAUAGAAAUCAAGCACACUGUGCAGGUGACUCAUGAGAACAAAAACAAAAAGAAAAAAAAAUCUCAAAACCAAUAACCAACAACAAAAAAACUGCAGCUAGAAUUUCUUGUCCCCUCCGUUUCUUCCUCUUUCAUAAUUUCCAGAAAGAGGCAGCCCACAGGGAGUGAUUUCUGUUGUCAUGGGCCAGCCCUACCUUCAUGCUCCAUGAAGAGAAGAGCAACCUGGAAAUGCAUCAAUCCAGUGGGCAACUUUUCUAAGUAUUAAAGAUGUCUGUGGUCAAAGAGAAAGGAUGAAAGAAAGAAAAUGAAUGAAAGAAAAAGAAAGAGAAAUAAAAAAAUGGAUAAUGAAAAGGAAAAGGAAAAAAGAAAGAAAGAAAGAAAGCUGGAGCAAUAUUUAAAAUCUGUUUUCCAGUGAGAACAAAAUCUAAGAAAAACUUGUCAGCCUUCUUUCUGUUUGAGAUUUUCAUUUGACUUAUUAGGAAUCAUAGGAUCUAUUGAAAGAUAGCAAAGUGUUUGAAUGUUGCCUAAUGAAAGGCAUUCCAAAGACAACAAAGAAAUCUAUAUAGGUCAGAUUGCUUUUUCUUGCUUUCUUUCAUUGUUUUUUUUUUUUUGCUGUACAAAAGCUCAAGGGGAUGGGAGUGCCCAAGUGAACCCCAGAGAUCACUUGUUUGGCAUACACAAAGCAUGAAGGGAACAAAAGCAAGUGCUAAAUCUAUCAGCCCUGUGUUUUAUACUCUUCUGGUGGAGGAAAACAUAUUGACAAGAAGAGGUGCCUUCAAGAAGUGUGGCUGUGGUGAAAACAGCCUACGCACCACUGAAGAAACCCUUGAAGUGGCCCAGCAUGCUGCUCCUGGCCUCCCAUCCAGGGAUAGGAGCAGGAGGGCAGAGACUUCUUUUUGAUUUUAUCUCUUUAUGGAUUUGAAUGCGUCCAUCUGUGGGGCUUGAUAGCAAACUCACUGUCCCCUUCCCCAGUUUUGACUGAUUUUGAUCUCUGUUCUUCAUUCCUAUGAAUGAGCCAUUCCUCUGGAUGAGUGUGUCACCUCAGGACACUGCUCCCAUUUUCUCCUGUGGUGCUGGGGAAUUGAAUUUUUAACAUCUGCUGACAGUACUUCUCCUUGCCACUUCUAUGCCCCAAAAUUAAUCAUGGCAGUGUCCUAGCAGGACUGUAUAGGUAAAGCAUCCUGACAGCCAACCUGCUGCAACCUUGACAUGAAUGCAGCUUGGGGGCAGGAGUGCAGUAGAGCCAUGCUGGUGUUUUUUCUCUCUCCCCUUAAAAUACUUUGGAAAAAUCUUUAUUUUUUUGACAAAUUGUGGAGUUUUUGUGGGCAAGAAUCUAAGGUUUUACAUAAGAAAGGGCAGAGAAACAAACUUUGGCCCUGUGCAUGCGGGGUGUUUGCUGACAGUGAGUUUGGAGAUUAAUAGCCCCUGAUGACAACAGUGCAAGUGGUAGAAAUUAAGAGGCUUAAAAGAAGUUAGCUUUUCUUUCAUUACAGACACAAGAGUAUGAUUUCUACACAAUAUUGCUUUUUCAGUUCUGGUAUGUUACAAAAUGCUCUAGUUAAGGAAUCUUUCUUUUUUAAAGUUUAUAGAGAACCUUGCCUUGAAGGAACCUCAGAGAUGGUCCUUCAUUUUCUGUGGCCUCUCUUCUCUGCCUGUUUUUCCUGUUUUGCCACAGUUUUGCCAAAAAGCUUCUCCCCUUACUUUAACAAGUGUCACCUGUGUCACAGCUACAGGCUUGUAGUUUCACUUGCCUUUCAGGCACUGUGAAUGCUGGUAUUUACCUUCUUUGACCCCACCCAAAAUCUGCCUUUCCUAGCAUCCAACAUCCUCCUCCACUGAAGCCCAAGCUACUGUGUGGAGUGGCAAGUUCCAUGAAUCCUUUCUGCAUGGGUUUUAAAUUGGAAAUAAAACAAACCCUCCAAUGAAACAAAGCCAAAUCAGUUCUUUUGUUCCCCAGCUGUGUUAUCUCUGUGCUAGGCACAGCGGUGGAUAAUGUCAAAGAGUGAAUGUGCUUGCAGUGGGAUAUCAUGCUGCCACAUGCAUGGAUUAAUUUUCUCCUCUGUGCAACAGAAAGGCAGCCCUGCCUUCCCUCGAAUCCCCUUUCAUUCAUGAGCUUACUAGAAGAGCAUUCACUGAGAGUCCAAACCUAAGAAUGUAAUUAUAGCAAGGCUGUUUUGAACAUCUACCACAACCAAUGCAAUUAUUUCUCCUAUAUUUUUACUUCCCUCCUUUUGCAAUGGCCUCUUUUGCUACACUGUGGAGCAGGAGGGUUACAUGAGCAUAUCAGUCCUCCCAGGCCUCAUAUUUCAGAGUACUGGGUAGAUUUGUUAAAUGCAUUUCAUUCCAGUAAUAACCAAAUAAAAGAAAAUAAAUUCUGGUGUCUUUUUGCCUUCCAAAGUUCUGUAUUACCUGAAAAGUGCCAUUCAGUAACUACUCUUUUUUGUCUUUCCACUGUGAGUUUCUUUUCUUUUUUCUUUUUUUUUUUAUUUGAAUCAUACUUGCCAAGAAGCACACAGAAACCAUUUUCUGAGAUGUCCCAAAGUGCUCUCACUCUGGCAGAAGCAGCUCUAUGUGGUUCAUGAGGCAGUGUGAUCACAGCCCAUGUCACAGUGCCCUUGGAAGGAAGAAUUUAUUUAAGAAUUUAAGAUAUUAAACACUGGGUGCUUAAUAUCUGGACUGACUCACCUGUGAGCACUGGAGAAAGCACAGGGGGACACGGUUGGUGUGUUCUUACUGGCAAAGGGAUGAGCCACAGCUGGAUUGCUUUGCUGCUUCCCCCAGCUCAUGUAGGCUUCAGGGAAGAGGUAGGGGUUUCUGCCCCCGCUGGAGACUCUGUCUCUGCACCUCUAUCCAAAGACAGCCCUUCCCUGAAGCACACCCUGGCAGCAGUGGCAGUAAUAGUAACAAAAACACCGGUGGGAGAGCCAUGGCUGCCGAACAGACAUCCUUCUUUCCUAUCCCUUAUUUCUGGUGCCACUUGGCUGAGGUGGUAGGUAAGUUAGAGACUAGCAAUUUGUAAAUACCUUUAGGUAGUGUGUUUUAACAUGACCAACACCAUAUCCUGACAGUGUAAAAAAUAAUACAUUAUGUGUAACACUAUCCAGAUAAGCUUAUAAUGUAAAUAUAUCUAUGAUGAAUGUCAAAUUACACUUCAAGCUCUAUGUAUGAGGAAGAACCUCAUCUCGAGAUCUUUUUUAACUUAACAAUAUGAAAAAAUUGUUAUUCAUUUAUAUAUAUACACAUAUAUAUUUAAAAAACCUGCAUUCUUUUCUUUAAAAGAAAAUACUACUGCAAGAAAAAAGGAAUGCAUUACCUGUAUGUGAUCUCCAAAAUCAUGUGGUAAAACCAGGACUGGUCAAAUUCUUGAUGCCGUACAUUUGAUCUCAUAUAAAUAAGAUAAGCACAAGUUUAUGGUUAGCUGAGUAAAGCUGACCCACUUGAUUAUAUAUACAUUAUAGAUAUAUAUUUAUAUAUUCUGUAUAGAUAUACAUAUAUAAUACACAACAUUCAUACAGUGGAAGCAAAGUUUGAUUAAGUUAUAUUAACUGGGAAUUUGGAUGUGAUGUUGUGUUCCAUUUGGAGGAAAAAUUUCUGUGUUAUUCAGCAGCAUUUGUUAUAAAAGAUGAAGAAAGAAGGUAUUUCAUCAAAACAAGCCAUGAAGGAAUAAGAUGAUGAAGGUUUGAAACAUUUUGAAGAGACAACUAAAUUACAUGCAAUAUAUAUGUAUGUACUUCUGCUGAGUUGUAUUCCUAGUUAAAGCAUUGCAUUAAACAGAGAAUUAUAAUAGUAAAA